GUGUUUACAAAUCUCAAGAUUCAAUACUGAUAGUACUAUUUUUUUAUAGUACAUCUUUUCUUUUGUUAUUAUAUUUUAAGUUAUAUCUAUUUCUCAUAUUUGUUAGAGAAAUCUCAUUUUAUGUUAAAAGGCUCAAAUCAAAUGGCUAUCAGAUUUCGAACUUUUAAUAUAAUUGAAAAAUAAUGUUUGAUAAAAAAUUGUAAUGUUACAAUUAUAUCCAACAGCUACAUUGUAAUCUAUAUAAAUUAUAUUAGCAUUAUAAACAUAAAGUUCACAUUUAUACCUAAUGAAUAUAGAUAGUACAAUGCACAUUCUUCAGAAAUGUAUUAACAACAAUGUAGGUACUUAUAUACCUGCGACGAAUUAGUAAAAAUACAAUAUAAAACAUCAAGUCAAUAAGAGUAACAAAUCAUUGGAGGUAUUUGUAUACUGUAGACUUAUAAUUUCUACACGAAAGAAAUCGUUAAAAUGAUACAUAAUAGUAUAGAUGAUUUCUUAACACAUAUCAACAAUAAUUUUACAAUCAACAAUUAUUGAAAUGUGUGUAUAAUGAAUAUAUUACUUAAUGUUUCAAAUGAAUGAAUUAAUGUCUAAUCAUUAAUUCAUACAUUUACGAUAUCUUUGAAUAGCUUAUUAUUUAGUUUUUAUUUUAUCCUUGUUAAAGUAAAAUCCUAUUUAUUAUAGCCGAGUAUACUAAGAAUGUAUAAUUUUAAAUUGAUACGAAGUAAUAGUUUACAACAUUUGUUUUUAUUUGUAUUAUCAUCUAGGAAUUGCGUUCUCAAUUGUUGAUUUCUCUUACGCUAGAUGGCACUCGGAGCAAUUCCCCCACUUUUACAAAAGUAUACAGGAGAUAGAUGCUAAUUUUUGAGUUUGUAAUCUUCUGUAGUUUGUUGUUAGUACUCAUUAGUUAACGAAUACGUUAAUAAAAUAGAUAGUUGCAUUUAUUUUGCACAUUAGUAUUAAGUGUUAUAUAAAAGCUGAAUAUAUAUUGCAUCUUCACUAGAAAAGAAGAAGGAAGAAAAACAAAACAAAGCAAAGGAAGUAGAGUAUUUUAGGUUCAAAAUGUCUAGUACAUCCCAAAAACACAAAAAUUUUGUAGCAGAGCCAAUGGGUGAAAAACCAGUUACUGAUUUAGCUGGUGUUGGUGAAGUUCUUGGAAGAAGACUGGAAGCUGCUGGUUUCGACAAAGCAUAUGUAGUACUUGGACAAUACUUAGUUUUGAAAAAAAACAAAGAACUGUUUCAAGAAUGGAUGAAAGAUGCUUGUUCAGCUAAUGCAAAACAAUCUAAUGAUUGUUAUCAGUGUCUUACGGACUGGUGUGAAGAAUUUUUGUAAAGUAUUAUUGAUAAUGAAUUUUUGUAAAGUAUUAAUGUUAUAUGAAAAGUAUUUUAACAUUGCAGAAUAUUUUAUAACUUACUAUAUAGAAGUCUUUUCGCAUGUAUUAUGUUUUUAGAAUUUUCGUAAAAUUAACAAAUUUUAAAACCAUAAUUAUAUAUUUUCCGAUUUAAUCGUUGACACUCUUAAAAAAUAUAUAGAAAUCUUUCUAUGCUCAUUUGUCUUGAGAGAAAGAGAGAGAAAGGGAUCAUAGAAAUAAUUUUAAAUCUAAAAAUAAGAAAUAAAUAAAAAAUUUGCAGUAAAUGUAUAUUAAUCUAUUUCUAAUCAUUUAAUAAUUGGAAGUACUGUUUAUAAUAAGAAAUUAAUAAAGAUUAUAGGAAUGUAAUAAAUAAGACUUAAGUAAUAUGAAAAAAAUAAAGAACUAUAUAUUUUUAUUUCAUAUAAAUAAAACAUAGAACAUGUUUAUAUACAUGAAAUAAGUUAGUAACAGUAGCCAUAUGCAAUGUACGCACACACGCACACACGCACACACGUGUAUACAUAUAUAAUCAAAAUAUGUUGUACGUGUGGAUACGCGUCAUACAUUUAUGCCGUUUUAAUUUAUAGCUUUCUUAAAUUUGUAUGAAUCGGAAAAUUUGUUGAUAGUUUAUUAAAAUAUGUGGUGAACUUCUCA